CAUUAGAAAAUUCAAUAUGUAAAAAGACUUUUUGAAAUAAGAAAUUAGUUAGAAAUUUCAUUUCUAAUUUCUAAUCUUUCUACAACUUUUUAUUAUUCUACAGCUCCUUUUUAGAUGGAAGCUCAACCACUCAAAUUUGCAUUCUUUUUCCUUCUCCACUAGCUCACCAACUCACCUAUAAAUAAAAGUAGUACGUACAUAAUCCUUUGAAUUAUAUGUACGUUAUCAUAUACAGAGUAAAAUGGGACCAAAAAUUUCAAUGUUUAAUUCAUUGUGCAACCUGAUAUUGGUUAUCUUGGUAAUCAUAGUUUCCCCCACUACCGAAGCCACCUUCUCAAGUAGCAUAUCAAAACAACAAGUAAAAUCAAAUAAUAUCACCCAUAUCCAAUUCUAUUUCCAUGACUAUGUCCAAGGGCCAAACCCAACUGUUGCAAGGAUUGCCCAAGCCAAGACGAGCGAUACAUCAGCAAGCACGUUUGGGGCGCUUGUUAUGAUUGACGAUCCCUUAACCGAAGGACCGGAGAAUAACUCGAGAAUUGUUGGUCAUGCUCAAGGAAUGUAUGGGUUCGCAGAUCAACAACAAUAUGCAUUACUUAUGACGAUGAAUUUCUUGUUUUCAGAGGGAGCGUAUAAUGGGAGUACGUUAAGCGUUAUGGGGAGGAAUCCGGUGAUGGAACAAGUUAGAGAAUUGGCUAUUGUUGGUGGAAGUGGAGUCUUUAGGUUUGCUACUGGAUAUGCUCAACUUAAGACUAUUACUAUGAUGGAUACAAAUGGGGCUACUAUUGUUGAGUAUAAUGUCUAUGUUUCUCAUUAAUUAAUUACAUUUCUUUUUUCUUAGUUUAAAUUAAAAUUAUAUUUAUGUAACAUGAUUUAUGAUACUUUUUAGGUAUUCCCCCUGUCUUUUUUUUGUUAUGAUUGAACUUGAUUGAGAUUUAUAUGAAGAAUGUAAAUUGCAAUUAUAAGAAAUUAAAUGCUCCGUACUUCUUA